AUGGCGGAUAAUCACAACCACCCGUUUAAUAGCGAUGUUAUUGCUCAUGAUCGAAUCAGACAACUUGAACUGCAUUUAUCAAUUCAAGGAAAAGAAGAUAUUUCAGAAUAUCGUCAUCAAAAAAAUCUUGAUGAACUUUUGUUUUUAAAAGAUCGAAAUAGCUAUUUUUCAAGUUCAACUGAUUCAACUCCUAGCAUAGCAUUGCAUUCGAUAUCGGAUGACGAUUUUAAUCGCCUAAAAUAUUUAUUACGUUCAGUGGUAUGGCCAAUUGAUCAUCAUAUACGCGAACAAUUAUGGAUAAAUAUAUUAACAUUGUAUCGAAUUAGUUCAAUAAAUCAAAAUAAUCAUGUAACUCAAACAUCACAAACAGUUUUAUCAUCAUCGGCAAUGAUUGAUACUAAUUUUGGUUCUCUUUCAUUAAAAUACGAGCAUUGGCCAAACUUUGUCGAUACAACAAAUCUAUGUUUUUAUUAUUUAACUGAACGGAGAGGUCAAUCACUUGUACAUGGCAUUCUUUUAACAUUUUCUUCCUAUCAUCCCGAUGUAACCUACAGUCCAAUCCUACAACCAGUUGCAGCGUUACUUUUACAUUAUCAUAAUGAAUAUGAAGUUUUAUAUUUACUCAAUCGUUUAUUAAUUAAAAAUUGGCUAUGUGGAGAAACACGUUUACAAUGGGAAGCUCAUUGUAAUGUUUUUAGGAAGCUAUUAAAAAAAUAUUACAAAUCAGCAGCUGAUGUUAUUAACUCGCGCUAUAAAAAUGUCAACGGUUUCUAUCACGAUUGGUUAUGGUGGAUUUUUCAUUAUUUACCAUUUUCUUAUCUCGUAAAAAUCAUGGACUGUUUUCUUCUUGAAGGUACGAAAGUUUUAUUUCGAAUCAGUUUAGCUCUGGCUCAUGUAUUUACAAAAAAUAUUCGACGCGAAUCAGAUGAAACUAUUCAUAAUAUCACCGAUUUCUGUCGACAUAUUCCAAUAUCAAUUGGUCGUCUGUUAAACAUUGCAUUUCAUAUACGAAAUUUAAAACGACGUACAAUUGAACAAUUAAUUGAGCACGAAGAAAAACUUUUACGAAGCACUCGCCAUCAAUUACAUAUUGAUAAUGCCAAUGAAAAUCAUCAUGUUAGUACUAAUCAUGAAAUGACUUCUAAUCGACCACCACCAUCCAUUACACCUCAACAUCUUACACAAAUACCACAAGAGUCAACGCUUAGUCAACAGCAAUUUCUGACAUUAUGGAAUUGGCUACCGGCACGUCUUAGUCUAUCGCAGCCCAUGGUAGUUUUUACGACUGAUGAACAUGGCUUUCGCUUGCAAACUUUACUAAAUAAAGUUGAUGAAUUAGAAUAUUCAAUUUUGGUAGUAAAAACCACGAAUGGCGAGAUCUUUGGUGCAUUUUGUGCUGGCCUUUGGUCUGAUCGUCGCAAUAGAGCAUAUUUCGGUUGUGGUGAAUCAUUUUUAUUUACACUGAUACCAAAACAGAAAAAAUACGUAUGGGUAGGCCAACAACAGCCUGCAAAUAAUCGACAAAAUCAAGUUAAACGUGAAAUGUUUUUAUUUGUUGAUAAGGACAAAUUAAUUAUUGGUGGAGGAAAUGGUGAUGGUUUAUGUAUUGAUCAAUCACUGUGUGAAGGCCAAACAGCCCAUUGUGAAACAUUCGAUAAUGAACCGCUUUGUUCUCAAUCUUUUUUCUCCAUCUCAGUUUUAGAAAUGAUUACUUUUGAUUAUUCUGCAUCCUAA